CUUUUCAGUACUGACAAUAUUUCCUGUUACGUUUCUAUUUUGAUGAGCAAAGAUGUGGAGCAUUCAAAAUCUGCUGUUCAUCUUCUGCAUUUCUCUGAGAUGUGUGACCAGUGCAGUGGGGAUCAUCCAUGUGACUGGAUAUGUGGGGAGAGAGGUUAAUGUCUCCUGCUCUUAUGAACAGAGUUAUGUAUCUCAUGAGAAGUACCUAUGUAAGAACGACUGUGGCAACAGUGAUGUUCUCAUUACAACAUCACAAGCAAGCAAAACAAAAUACUCAAUUUAUGAUGACACCAGUGCACGAAUCUUCACAACAACUAUCUUUGAUCUUCAAUAUACGGAUGCUGGAAAAUACUGGUGUGGAGUGACGAAAACUGGAACAGACAUCUACACUGAAGUCAAGCUGAAAUUAGUACAAGACAGCUGCUGUGACACUGUGACCAAAGUUCAAAGUUAUGAGGGACACUCUGAGUCUGUCAGUUGUCGGUAUGAGUCUCAGUACCAGAACAGCCUGAAGUACAUCUGCAGAGGAAAUCGGCCCUCCACAUGUCUGCAGCAGGCACUAAUCACCUCUGACACCAAACAAAAUGGGCGAUUCAGACUUGAUGAUGACAAAGUGUUAGGAACAUUCACAGUGACCAUUAGCAAUUUGACUCGUAAUGAUUCAGGGUCAUACCUCUGUGGUGUCCACAGAAACUCUGAGCUGGAUGUUUUCUCUGCUAUUGAGCUGAAAAUUGAAGAGUGGUGCUGUGUCAAAUCAACUAAAAUAAAUGGUACUGCAGGACAUCCACUAAUUUUGCAUUGUCCUUAUCCUCCACAACACUGGGAUAACAGGAAGUUCCUCUGUAAGGGAGACCACCGCAACAAUUGCUCAGACAUGGUGACGAGUCAAAGCAGGUUCACACUGCAAGAUGCUGCUGCUUCCAGCUCUUUCACAGUGAGGAUCACAGAACUGGAAGCAGCUGAUGGUGGGACAUACUGGUGUGGGUCAGACUCACAGUGGAGAUUUGGAAACUACACCAAGAUUGAGCUGUCAGUCUUUUUGCAGCACACCAGAAAAAUCCCAGAUGCAGCACUCUAUGUAGUUUACACUGUACCUCCUGUCCUGCUACUGAUGUGUCUCCUAGUUACUGUUUAUAAGAACAGAAGCUCAAGAGUUAAUGAAGCCGAUGACACCAUGAUCAGAAAUACACCCAAGGAAAAAAAAAUAGAGGAAGUGAUGGGGGCUGCAGAAAGUGAAAUUUAUAAAAAUCAAGAAGUUGUGAUGACAUACGUACAGCAAAAAGUCUGCAAAGAUGGAGGUGGACAUGAAGGCGUCUAUGAAAUCAUGACCGCAGUUGCAAGAGAAGACAUCUACUGUAAUUAAAAUUUUCAUAAAGCCAACAGAAGAUAAAAGUGAUCCAUAUCUUUUCUUUCAUUAGUAUUGCUUAAAGUUUCAUAAAAUAUUUGCUCUUUUUAUAUAAACUGUGGAAACCCCUAAAUGUAAAAGAUCAACAUGAGUGUAAAGUGAUUUAAAAAAAAAUCUAUUUCUGGGUCACAAUAUGUGAGUUUUUGUUUGGUUUGUUUGUUUUUCCCCCAAAUCAGUGCUUUUUACUGACUGGAGUAUACGUAUGGUAAUGUUGUUUACUUAAGAGUUCAAAAUGUACUUUUACAAAGCAACUGAUCAGAUGUGUUUUUCAUUAGUGAUGCUGUGAUGUUCUAGUGUAACUCUGAAUACAGUAAUAAUGGUGCAUAGAUAUACUGGACAAGACUUCAGAUUGCAUCACUCAUUAUUAAUUUGAAAUGGACUGGUCUUCAUGUAUGUUAAUUGCAAAACCUGCUUUUUAAUUUACUGUUUUACUGUUUUUUAUACUGUCAAUGUUUUGUAUACCUAGAAUAUAACAGAGGGUGGAGUGUGGCAAAUAAGUUAUAAAUAUUUUAAUAAGAACAUGUACAACAUAAAUUGUUUAAAGUUUGUAUUUUCCAGGAUAACCGUUUUUGACUUUCCAGAUGUAUGCUUAUUUUCUUAAUGACCUGCCACAGGAUGUUAACAAAAGAAAAAACAGUCACUGUCCACACUUGGUGCCUUUGUUUCUCUUAUUAAAUGAACAAAACUGUGAACGCUUCAAGUUUUGGGACGUUUAAAAAAU